UUCAGGUCAGUUCACUGUUUAGUGAACACAUCUUCUAAAUUAGCAAAGAGAUACUCAAUUUGCAAAACCCUCAUCCCUCAUAGUACCUGUCACUGUUACCCGACAGCCCAAAUCAUUCUUGACUCCUUGCAAUAGGCCAUGCAGUGUAAACUAAAACAAGGCCAUUGCUCAUUAUCUGGGUGUUGGGCGCCAUCUAGUGGCAAGUCAUGUCGGUCAUGGCUUGGCUCCGCCUGCUGGAUGCUGGCCACUUGGAAUACCACUGCAGAGGUUGAAUGGUUGAACAGAACGUUGUGGUUGCUGAUGUUGCAGGUGCAGUUAUGGGGUGAGAGAGAACGAUGCAUGGCCUGUACAAUCCAGUUCAGGGCGUCAUAGAAACAGUCACAGCACCUUCUCAGAGAUCAGCAGAUGGGAGGACAGAGUUUGCAUCAGACCCCAGCCUCAGCUGAUGUCGCAAUGAACCUGGCGUGAUUGAUGUGUCCUGUCCAGAAUGCUGCUUAGUGUAUCUCUGCUGCUUUUAUACCAGCUAUUGCAUAGAGGUAUUGGAGAGCCACUUCAAAAUGAGGAGACUCAAGGAUUUCCAUGCGAGGGGGCUAGUCCUUCCUUAACAUGGUACCUCAAUGGGGUGAAGCAAGAUACCGGGGUGGGCAAGGACCCUCCAUUCCUUUUACCCCUAACCCCUGGCAGUUCUAGUAUACUUACCCUAGCAGAAAGUGGGGCAGAUAACUGCAGCGAACCAUCACAGAGAGGAGAAGAACUCCUGAGCGUGCACUUUCCUGCUGACUCUCCAGGUCAUAUUUCACGUAGUUCCGGGCUCUCUUUACUCCUACUCCUAGUAAUCCGAGCCCAGCCUCCAACCAGCUUUACUCUGCGUGGCCAGGACGGGAAGCUUGCGCUCAACUCUUCUCGUCUGCUCUUACUUGACACCCGAAACGUGGAAGGCAACGGGAGCUUAAAGGUAAAGGUCAGCACUGAAAAUGGUGGCAUCAGCCGAGCAUCUGUAUCAGCAUUGGGUCUCCUCUCCACCCGGGUAGAACUCCCCCUCUUGGCAUUGGUUGUGGGGGUUGCUGGAGCGACUGCUGGUAUUAUUUUGGUGAAUUCCCUGAUCUGCUGCUUCUUGCUAAGGAGGAAAAGGAGGGAACACGGCAUGAGAAAUCAACUAACGCUAAGCACAUCGAAUAACAUGAAGUUAAAUAACAGUUGUCUCCCUCGGGAACACAUGUCUCUACCGUCCAACCUGCAGCUCAACGAUCUACGACCCCAAGCCAGAGGACUGCAGGAUGCUUCGGCAGGUGAUACACAGGAAGAUGUGUCUCUGCGUUGUGGAAUAUUGUCUGACACAGGAUUUGAUCGUUUUCCACUGGUUGGUUACAUUUAUAAAGCACCCAGUGUGAGCAGUGAUGAAAUAUGGCUGUGAUGUCACUUUACCCCACACAUUUUUCCUCUCAUAUACGUGUUGGGCAGAACAUGACCUGCAGGUCCUUUUAAUACUUGAUUUUCCAGCACAAUGCAUGUAACUUAAUGCCCUUCCACCCAAGAUGUAUUGCAGAAAGGGGUAUGGAUAUUUUAGGAUGGUAGGAGGUAACUAGUGCUUCAACCAAAGAUGUGUCUAUUCCUAGAGCCAGUGUAGGCAAAACAUUGGUAGCAUUGUGCCGAAAUAAAGCCAUAGGGUGUAUGCAACAUUUGUAUAUGUUGGCAAAUUCUGGAUGUAUUAUGUACGAGUGUGGCAGCUGCUUUGAGAGGUCAUAUGUGUGUAAAUGUGGACUGUGCAUGGUGUUGU